AUGGAGCCAUACUGCAACGCAGUACGCCGCCUCGAAGACAAGUUCGACGGCCUAGAGGUCAAUCAUGUCCCGCGCAAGUACAACGAAGACGCCGACGAAUUAGCCAAGAUCGCGUCGGGGCGGACCACCGUCCCCCCGAAUAUCUUCGCUCAAGACAUCGUCAAGCCCUAUGUCGAGUUCAAGGACCCGACGGAGUCAGGCCCCUCGUCCACUGGGCCCUCCGGCGGGAACCCUCUGGCGGACGAGGACGAGCCCAUGGACAUUGACUUCGGCACCACCUCCGUGGACGAGGCCGAGGCAAUGGAAGUUGACGAGGCCCCCGCUUCGCGAGAUUGGCGCGUCCAGUACCUUGACUGGAUGAUUCGAGGGGUUCUACCCUCGGACCGCGCUCAGGCGCGACGCCUCGCCAGGCGGGCCAAGUCCUUCGUUCUAAUCGACAAUGAGCUACACAAACGUAGCCCCUCGGGUGUCCUGCAACGAUGCAUCCCCAUCCCCGAGGGCAAGGAGCUGAUCCGCGACAUCCAUGCUGGCAUCUGCGGCCAUCACGCCGCGCCACGCACUCUCGUGGGUAACGCGUUUCGGCAAGGCUUUUACUGGCCCACCGCGGUCGCCGACGCCACCGACGUUGUGCGGACCUGCGAGGGGUGCCAGUUCUAUGCUCGAAAAACACAUCUCCCGGCCCAUGCUCUGCAGACCAUCCCCAUCACGUGGCCGUUUGCCGUGUGGGGACUAGACCUCUUCACAGGCAAGAAAUUCUUGGCGUUCUGCGACAGCUUCCACAUACGUGUGGACUGGUCGGCUGUGGCACACCCACAAACGAACGGGCAAGUGGAGCGUGCCAAUGGCAUGAUCCUCCAAGGACUAAAGCCAAGGAUCUUCAAUAAGCUGAACAAAUUCGGCCGGAGGUGGCUCACGGAGCUACCUUCAGUCAUUUGGAGCCUAAGGACGACCCCGAGUAGAGCUACGGACGUCUACCUCUUCGAGUUCCAGCAUUUCCGGUUCUACGAACACCUUCAAUCUCUGGCCAUUGGCCUUGAAAAUGUUCCCGUCAUCAUCUUGGAGGGUAACCGCGCCGUGAUCAGCAACGUUUAG